UAUUAAUGCUUUAUAUUUAUUUCUCAGAUUUAUUAGCUGCCCGAUGAACCCUGUGAAGCUGUAAGGUGCUUGGUUGAUACAACCAAAACCUUAAAAAACUAACAAAAGAAGUUAGAAGGUUAAUGAAAACUAUUUGUUGAAGGGUCAUUUCAGUUCGAUUGCUAUUCUAGUAUCUAAAAUGGUUGCCAAAUCUUUCCUUGCAGCAUCAAUACCAUUUAGGCGGUGCUUCUUCAACUCAACUGCCAAUCAUGUUGUCAAUGUUCAAGCAUGCAGGAAUUUGGGUCCAUCUUUCAUUGGAGGCGCACCAAGAUACAUGUCAUCUUCUAUUGCACAGCAGUUUGAAGAAGUGAAACAUCGACUGGCAUCCCUAAAGGAAGACCCUGGUAAUGAAGUCAAAUUGAAGAUGUAUGCACUGUACAAGCAAGGCAUGGAAGGGAAAGCAACCGGCAAGAGACCAGGUGUUAUGGACUUCGUUGCUCGAGCCAAGUGGGAUGCAUGGAACAGUCUUGCCGACAUGUCUAAGGAGGAAGCUCUUAAGGCAUAUCUUGCUAUAGUUGAUGAGCUUUCUGCUGCUCAGGGAGCAACUUCAACCGAAGAACCAAGUAUCCUAGUGACAGUGGAAGAUGGUCUUAGGAUCAUCAAACUUAACAGACCAAAGAAGAAGAAUGCACUCAACCCUGAGAUGUAUUUCCGUUGGACUGAAUUGAUGCACGAGGCAGCAAAGGACGACAAGACUGUUUUGACUGCCAUCACGGGCGCGGGUGACUUCUUCUGCUCUGGCAACGACCUCGGGAAUUUCAUGAACAUACCUCCGGGUGGUGAAGCUGAGCUCGCCAACCGCACUAAAGAGUUUCUUUACCAGUUCAUUGAUGCCUUCAUUGAGUUCCCUAAACCUUUGAUUGGCGUGGUGAAUGGUCCCGCAGUCGGGGUGUCGGUGACCACCCUAGGCCUCUAUGACGCCGUGUAUUCUUCUGAUCAGGCUUGGUUCCAGACGCCCUUUUCACAGCUCGGCCAAACCGCUGAAGGAUGUUCAUCUUACGUGUUCCCUCGCUUGAUGGGCCCAGGCAUCGCAUCAGAGAUGCUUAUGUUCAACAAGAAGCUGUCAGCACAUGAGGCACAGCGCUACAGGUUGGUGACAGAAGUCUUCCCUCACGACCGACUGCAGCAGGAGGUGUGGCCGCGUCUCCAGGCCUUAGCGAAGUUGCCCGCGCGCUGCCUCAUCUACAGCAAGGAGCUCACUCGCGCUGCUGAUAAGGAAAUCCUCAAAAAAACAAAUCGUGCGGAGUGUGAACGUCUCUGCGAGCGCUGGCAGUCAGAAGACUGCAAGAAUGCCAUCAUGAACUUCUUCUCUCGUCAAAGAAAGUGAAAUCGGAUUGUCUAAAGGAGUGAAUAGAUGCCAUACAUGAGAUCAGGGCAGGUCAAUCUGCUCUCGUGUGGACCAAACGGAACUUAAUGACUGUAGUUUCUUUUGGUCGACUUGUUUUGUAGCUUGUCACUGCGUUCGAUCGGUGAAGAUCUUCGAUAAUUUUGUCAGUAGGAAUUUAUUUUUUUUAUCUGGUCAUAAUCUUGUACCUACUAUUUAACCAGAGACGACCUUGAAGUCUUCCACAAUGCUUUUUCUAGAACUUUGUGGAAAGCAAAUUUUAAUGGUGUUUCAUCAUUCCAAAUGAAAAGCAGGAUCAAUUUUAAUUGAAACAAGAAAGAACUGUUGCCGUGUCCAAACACAAUUUUAUUUACUAUAAUGAAUUCUAAACUUGAUAUAUGAUAGACACUAUCCUGGGGAAUUUUCGGUAUAAUUUUUUUCUUAUGAAAGGUAAGGGAAGAUCGAGGAAAUUCUCAUGCUGACUGAAGCGUCAGUGUGAAAAUAACUUGAUUAUCCAUGCGUUCUAUUUUUAAGUUCUUGAUUUUAGUUAGAUUAUUCUUCGAACUUAGUUAUGCUACUAAUAACCUUGUUUUAUUAUGUUCAUUAUAUAGUAAAUGAUUUCACAUUGUAAAACAAUACGAUAAUUCUAUCCUGGACCCAGAGUUCCAUCUUAACCAGUGGUAUUCCCGGCAGUAUUUAGCGUGUGCAAUGUUAUCUUUGAGUCAUUUUGAAACAAUUCUGAUUCAAUCGAUUUUUUUCCUCCUUUAAAAUAUGGUCUUAUAUUCUUAUCAGCGAAGAAUUAAUUGAGAAGCAGAAUUGCCGUAGAAUCUCAUAGAGUUCUGGUUCCGAUUGGAUGGAGUAAUUUUGAAAAACAUAGCUCCUGUACGAAAAUGUUAUGCUGUGUAUCAGUUGAAUUAAACUUUGCAGCACCA